AUGAUAUACAAGCAAGUUGCCGGAAAAACCUGUGGUCACACUGUUGACAAACCUACCGAGUGGGUCAGUCAGAUUGUGGUAGCUGUUAAGAAGUGUGGUGAGCUUCGUGUAUGCAUCGAUCCCAAACCUCUCAAUGCUGCUUUAAAGAGGGAACAUUACCAAAUUCCAGUUGUCGAUGAUUUGUUUCCUGACCUGACAGAUGCACGUUUGUUUACUAAAGUCGAUUUAGCGUCAGCGUUUUGGCAUCUGGAGCUGGAUGAAGAAUCUAGCAUGCUCACAACCUUCGCUACGCCAUAUGGGCGAUAUCGUUGGCUUCGGUUAAGUUUUGGUCUCAGCGUUUCGAGUGAAAUAUUUCAGAAACAUCUCCAUCAAGAAUUACAUGGUCUUCCCGGUGUUAAAUGCAUUGCAGAUGAUGUUUUAAUCCAUGGCAUAAACGAGGCUGAUCAUGACAGCGAUCUAGAACGGUUUAUGAGCAGAUGUCAGCAGAAAGGCAUCAAGCUCAACUGUCAGAAACUAGAGUUGAAAGCUAAGGAAGUUCCAUUCCAUGGACACCUGCUUACCUAG